AUGAGAACAAAAAAGUGGUAUAUGCGGCUUUUUUAUCAUAUGCUAGAUAUGACAAUAAUCAAUUCUUGGUUAUUGUAUAAAAGAGUACAAAAAGAAAAUGGUAAUAAUGCUCCAAUGAAACUUAAAGCAUUUAGGAUUGAUAUUGCUACUUGUCUAACAAAAGUUGGACAAAUUCAAACUCCAAAAAGAGGAAGACCAACAUUAAUUAGCAUUGAAGAAAAGAAAAAAAGAAAAGAGGUAAAGUUGCAAAAAUACCAACUAGUGAGGUUAGACUUGAUGGCAAUUUUCAUUUACCGAUUCCAGGUGAAAAACAACGAUGUAAUAGACCCCAGUGCAGUGGAUUUUCGGUCACAAAAUGUUAUAAAUGCAAAGUAA